GCAGGGUAGGGAGGGGAUUUGGUGCUCGAUUCAUGUGCAGACAGCGCGGGCAUAAUGGGAUCUGCAGGUUCCUGAGUGGACAUGAGAGCCAGAGCGGGCAGAGGUUGUGUCUGUAGCUGAAGUGGCAGCCGGUUUCCUUUUCUAGCCCUGCUGUGACCAGACUGCAUCCAGUUCGACUUUAUACAUCACCUACAAGAUGUCGUCCGCUAGAUUCGACUCUUCGGACCGCUCUGGUUGGUACUUCGGACCGGUGUCGCGACAAGAAGCUCAAUCACGGCUGCAGGGGCAGCGCCACGGAGUAUUCCUGGUGCGGGACUCGUCCACUUGCCCCGGCGAUCACGUGUUGUCCGUGUCUGAGAACUCGCGGGUCUCCCACUACAUCAUCAACUCGCUUCCUGGCCGGAGGUACAAAAUCGGGGACCAGGAGUUCGAUAAUUUACCGGCUCUGCUAGACUUCUACAAGAUCCACUACCUCGACACAACAACCUUGAUCGAGCCCGCACCCAGGUAUCCAAGCCCACCUGUAGGAACUGGCACAGCACCCAGUGUACCUGUGCCAGAGGAAAACCUGGAAUAUGUUCGGACUCUCUAUGACUUCCCUGGGAAUGAUGCUGAGGACUUGCCUUUUAAGAAAGGCGAGAUUUUAGUUAUUGUAGAGAAGCCAGAGGAACAAUGGUGGAGUGCCCGAAACAAAGAUGGUCGCAUUGGCAUGAUCCCAGUUCCUUAUGUGGAGAAGCUAUCCCGUCUGUCUCUUCAUGGGAAAAUGGGCAACAGAAAUUCAAACAGCUAUGGAAUUCCUGAGCCUGCCCAUGCUUAUGCUCAGCCUCAGACCCCGAGUCCCCUGCCUGCCUCAUCUACCCCUCCUGCAGUCAUACAGUUCAAGGCAGGAUCUGGGGCAGUCUCUGGCCAUGGUUCUGCUGCCAUUAUUGUACUUGUUGGAGAUGGGCAGAUUCUGAAAGUAAAUCUGUCAUUUUGAGGCACCUUCCUAUGGCAGGCUGUCUCAUUUUAUUUUUGUAAAGGGAUGACAAAUACAUUUUGUGCCAUUUUGUUUGCUUGUAAAUUGUAAUUUUAUAUUGUAUUUCCUUUCUGAUCCAGUGUAAUUAACAUUUAACUGUAAAUCUGCAAUCCAUUGAUGCUCAGCCUGCAGGGCACCUCUUUUUUUUUACAUGUUCCUGCUUGAUGUUUUUAGUGACCAGAGUGGCGGCAUUUGCUGGCAGAGUGGGCAUGGAUUUCACCAUAAGAGCACAUACAAUAUCUUAGGUGUAACCUUUUAACUUUUUUUUUUUUGUUUUGUUUUUCUGGGGGGGGGGAAAUCAUAGCUUUGAGUUUUAUUUUUUGUGCUGUAAAAUUAACAGUAUUAAAUGACUUAUAUUCUUA